AUGAAAAAUUAUGAAAAAUUUAAAAGGCAAAUAUCUUUAUGGGGAGUGGAACAUCAAGAAAUUUUAAUGAAUAGCUUUGUAUGUAUUUUAGGGAGUAGUUUAAUUAUUUUAGAAAUUGCUAAAGGGCUAAUAUUAAGUGGAAUUAGCAAUUUAAUUAUUGUUGAUAAUGAAUUAAGUUCUUCUCAUGAUUCCAAUUAUUAUAUCUUUUGUACUGAUAUGGUAAAUGAUUAUAAAUGUAAGGUUAUAAAAAAUAAUUUGAUGAAUAUAAAUAAAAAUGCAAAUAUUGAAUGCAUCAUUGAAAAUCCUAUACAAUAUUUUCAUAAUGUGAUAUUAAAAAACAACUCUUAUGAUAUUAUAAUUUGUAAUUUAUCAGUAAAAAAUAAUUUAAUAAUAGAAAAAUUAUGUAUAGAAAACAAUAAAAAUAUUAUUACUUGUCAUUCAAAUGGUUUCAUAGGCUAUUUAAAUAUAUGCACAAAAAACCACUUAUACAUGAUUGAUGAUAAAAAAGAUGAUUUUUCUUUUUAUUAUUAUGUAUCCAUUUCACUAAAUAACGAGUUAAAGAAAUAUGUAAAUAAUAUGGAAUUUAAUUUUUUUCAAACAAAUACUCCAUCAAACAAAAUUUUAUUUUUAGUUAAAUGCAAUGAAGAUUUUCGCAAAUUAUCAGAUAAAAAAAUUAAUUUUUUUGAGUUUAUUAAAAAAAAAAUUGAAUUAACAAACUUAAAUUUUAAUAUGAAUAUGAUAAGUAAUAUUAUUGAUUUAAAUAAAAUUAUUCUAAGGAUAAAUUAUUUUUUAAGGAAUAAAAAAUCAAUGAGCAAGACUCAUUUAUUCAUAUUCUUAGCCGUAUAUAAAAGUUUUAUAAAAAAAAAAAAAAAUUUACCUUAUUUAUUUAAUUUUAAUUUUAAUGAUGAACAAAUUAAUAAUAUUUUACAAAGAAGAAACAUAUCAGACAAAAAGGAAAUUGAAUAUUUAAUUGGUAAAAAAAAGAGAAAAUAUAAUUUUAAGAAAUUAUUUAAUAUAUCCUAUUUUACUUAUUUUUUCUCUAAUUUUCAUUUAAUUAGGAAAAGUAAAAAUAACGAAAAUGAAAAUAAUAUAUUUAAUAAUUUUUUAGAUUUUUUAUAUUUAUAUUUAGUUAGUUUUCGUGAGCAAAUUUAUGAAAAUAAUUUCAGCCUAUUAAACAAAGAAACAUAUGUUUCUAACUCUUUUUCCGAAGAAGAAAAAUGUAAUUCAAAUAAUGAAAUUAUUAAAAAAAAAAGUAAACCAUUAUUAUGUAAUCGAAAAAAUGAUAUCUUGAUUUUUUGUGAAAAUCCUUUGUUUAUUAAUCUUAAAAAGAAAGUUAAUACAAAGUAUCAACAAGAAAAGAAAUACCUAUCUUUUUUGUCUAAUAAAAAUGAUAAAUCAAUAGUACGCGUAUGUUCGUUAAUAGAUAUAAAUAAAAAUAUUUUAUUACAAAAAAUAGAAAAUAUUAACAAUAUAUUUAUUAGUCAUAAUCAAUACACGAAUAUUAAUAAUAUUUGCCUAUCACUACUUUUAUCAGGAUUGAUAACUCAAGAAAUUUUAAAAAUAUGUGCACUUUUUUUAAAACCUUAUUUAAAUUAUUUCUUUUUAAAAAAAUGUAAAUAG